UAUGGGCAAAUUUAACCUUUUGAUCUUCACCUUAAUCCUUUUGAUGUAUUGUGUGACAAUAUGUGGAAACCUCCUGAUCAUCACACUGGUGUCCUACAGCAAAUCCCUCCAUUCCCCCAUGUACUUCUUCCUUGUCCAGCUGUCUGUAUCUGACAUCAUAUUGAUUACUGAUAUUGCCCCGAACAUGCUUAAUAUUGUCCUACAUGAGCAACCAUCCAUAUCUUUUCCUGGAUGCAUCACACAGCUUUAUUUUAGUAUUGUAUCAGUAGCAUCUGAAUGUUUUAUUCUGAUGGUGAUGUCCUAUGACCGCUAUCUAGCCAUCUGUUAUCCUUUACAUUAUGUCUCCAUUAUGAGCCAAGUGCUUUGUAUUAUUUUUGCUUUUGUAGCCUGGCUGUUAAGUUAUUCUGUAGCAUUUUUUCUAAUACAUGGUGUGUGUUCAUUAGAAUUCUGUGGGCCAAAUACUAUUGACCAAUUGUUCUGUGAUUUCGCUCCUGUGGUGAAACUUUCUUGCUCAGACGCAUCCAUCGUUCAGAUGGAGUCCACCUUGCUUAGUACUGCUGUCGCAGUUUUGCCAUUCCUCUUGAUAGUCCUUUCAUAUAUCUACAUUGCUUUAACCAUAUUAAAGAUUUCAUCCGUUUCGGGAAGACUAAAAUCCUUUUCUACUUGCAGCUCCCAUCUGACAGUUGUGUCUAUAUUUUAUGGGACUCUAAUCUCCAUGUAUGUCUUUCCAAAUGAAGGGAAGUCACAGAUGAUCAGUAAGAUACUGACUUUGAUGUACACAGUGUUUACUCCUUUUAUAAACCCUUUUAUAUACAGUUUGAGGAAUAAAGACAUAAAAAAUGCUUUGGGAUAUAUAAUUCAAAUUAAAAGUCUAGAACAUCAAUGUUAA